AGUCCAGUUCAAAUCAAAUACAGAAUAUUCUGUAAAUUCCGUGUUUUAGAGUAUUACGUAUAUUCCGUAUUUUACAACUGAUUGCAUGUAUUCCGCCAUUCCGCCGAAUAGGGUCACCCAAAUAUUGGGGAGGACAUCAUAAAAAAAUAUAGGAGACUGGUAGGACUUUUAAAUCGAUGAAAGUGUCUCACAAAUUUUGCAACUUCGUUUUAUAAUAUGCUUCAUAAUUUGUUUCCACAAUAAUAUUUAUGAUAUUUAGAUGAUAACCAAUGCACAACGCACAACUUGUCACAUUACCGAUUGGACAGCAUACCAUGCACUCAAACUCUUGCGCAGGAAAGUUACAGUAUGAAAUUAUUUUUUGCUGCACUCAGUCACAUUCACGGCUUUACACUGAAACCUUGGCUAAAAGGUCUCUUUUUAGAUCUGUAGAUUUGUAAGGUAUUUCGAAAUAACCGCACAUGUCUUUCAGCACUAACAUUGAAAGAUGAAAGUUUGUUGCAGUGAUAAUUAUGACAAAGAUUGUAAACAUCAAAUAUAAUUGGAUGUUUUAAGCCCAAAUAUUCUAUCACCUCUUCAACGGCAUGGAGGGGGAAAUGAGCGCUUACGCUUUUUUGCAAGCGGUAUUUCGGUAAUUUGUAUUUUAAAGUGGGGUAUUGCGGUAUCAUUUAUAUUUAGCCCUGCGGUAUGCGGUAUUUCUUCCUUUUGGUUAACGGUAUUCGGUAAAAGAAGAUCACGGUAUUGCGGUACUGUUCAUUGCCCUCUCCUGUUUAAUACUAGCCUGCGUAGCAGGCACGGUUUAGAUGACCCCUCGCGUGUCUCCCUCGCGCGCGCUCGUUCUCUCUCGCGCCCACUACUUCCAAGCGCCUGCUACGUCAGUAUUUUUAAGACCUUAGAUUAAUGGUAAAUGAUUACCAAUACACAAUUUGUGACAGAUAAUCUGUGAUGAAAUUGGUAGGGUAUCUUUUUCGUUCGUUGUACCGAUCAAUUCGAGGUCGUCUCACGUUUCCUCGCAAAAUUAAAUUAAAUUGAUUAAAUACCGCAAUACCGUGAGAAAAAUUGGUAAAUACCGAAAUACCGUGCCAAAAAUCGACGAAAUACCGAUACCGCAUUUGGUUUCGGUAUUGGGUACCUACCAAUGUCCCCCCUAGCAUGGCGCAACUUCGUCACUUUCUUCAGAUCCGCUGACCCCUACACGCGCGGACCCGUAACGUCCGUUGGAAUGUAUGUAACGAAAUACAAGCAACCCACAUUCAAAGUACUUGGAGACUAGCUGAGGCUGAAUUUCAUCAUCAUUAAUAGGAAAAACAUCAAACUGUCUCAUUCACGAUUUCUGGUGAUAGAAAGACUGUUUUUUUUUAAACUUAUAUUUCACGUAUUUGUUUGGAUCUCGCUGCAGUUCGGACAAAUGAACGCCGUCACGCGACAACAUUUCCAAGAUUCAACUCUCCUUAGCAGAUGGUAAUUUCGAGUUAUUCUCUUUUUCUGCGAAUCUUUCAUUUUCCUUUCUCUUUAAAUUCUAUAUACUUCUAUUUAGGAUGGUUUUGAGCGCCUAGCAAGGCUUAAAGUGGCGUUUACCACGCUAUCCUUGGCCAUAUUGGCAACAGAGAAGUGUUUCGCCGAAGUGGCAACUUAACGGUAAAUACGGUAACUUUGAACGGUUUUUACAACGUCAGUAUACUUUGGCCGAAAAAUGUUUUUCCGAAAACGUGAUGUAUAUCCCUCCAAUGUCUGAUUCAUCACUGUGAUUGCUUUCAGCAGCGUUGGACUUUUGAGAAAUUAUUAUUUUAAAAUCAGCUCCAACGCUCUAUCUAAUUUAAUAUGCAAUAUUUGAAAAUUUGUUUUUUAUUCCCUUCGGCAGUUUUUCGGUGUUUAUCCAAUGAUAUUGCAUUAAAAGGCCUUUUUCUUCAUCACUGUGUGGUUUUCUCGUUGUUUUGCGUCGCGAUAGUGAUUUCUGAACCGUUUUUUGCGAGAGCUUAUUUUAGGCCUGAUUUUGCUGCUAUCAGACGGAAAAAGUUUGCGACUCGAUAUUUUUGGUUUAAAGCGAAACUGAAACAAAAGAAAUUCACUUUUGAAUAGUAUUCGGUAACCUCUACUUGGGAGAUAAAAAUCGGCCGAUUUUAUUUUUUAGCCGGAAAUCAUCGGUCGUUUCUUAGGCGCAGGGCCUCUUAAAUGUAGAAGCAAAGGAACUGCUUUCAUCGGAGAGAGAAGAGCGAUUGAUGAGAAGAGGAAUUGUUUCAUAGGAAUAAUGAAAGACUUAUGGGAUGAAAAUUCAGGCGACGUAAGUUUAGUUUUAUCAAGUCUUACAGAUCAGGCAUCCAGACAGGACAGAAAAACUUUAACAUGUUAAGGUUACUACAAAGGGAGUUAUCAAACAGAGGGUAUUAAAGAAACGAUUGGCCACAUUUUAGUGAGGUUGAUGGAAGCGAACCGGUUUUAAUUAAAUCAAAAUAAAGCUAAGUGAAAGAAACAAAACAGCAUUUACAUGAACAAGUAGCAAGGGCCCAGCUCCCGCGGAGACAGGAAGCAGAUUGUGUAGAUACAGCAGAGUUUGGCACACCCAUCUUUGGAAACCGUGAAAACAGUCCCACAAGACUACUAUAAUCGCCCCUUGGAUAGAAGGACAGAGGAGACACUUACAAACAUAGGCAUUGUAACCAUAAACUACGUUAUAUGGUAGAUAACGAGCCAGGAAAGUAUUGCUAACUAAGAAAUUAUCCUGUUUACCUUUCGGAUUGGAACCGCAAAAGCAGAACGCAGGUAGAAGGGUUAUCUAUUGGGCAAUAUGCAAAGGCAGCAUAAAAGAGGAAUGUCAAGGAAGGCUUGUGGAAACGAGAUGGAAUGAAGAUGAAUUAGGGAGUGACUGCUUUGCCUUGCACAAAAAACUGAGGAGCACCAUCGCGGGGCCCCAGGAACUUUACCCUUCCACCAAAAGAGUACCAUUCAACUGUUAAGACACAUUCCGAAUGAGUUGUAGCCUAAAAAAAUAGGUCACACCUUCUUGCAGAGUUAACAGCUUUGAGUCACUAUAAAUAUAUGAGUAUAACAGUUACUAUAAAUGUGUUACAUGACACCGAGCUGGGCGGAACGUUUGUUUUUGGUAGAUUGAAGCCUUGGGCCCGAUGUAUUCCACCUUAACACAAACGAAACCAGUCUACGAGAAUCAUCAUGCUAAGUGUAUUGCCGUCAGUUUAGGCGGAAAAAGCCAAGGUUAAAUCAAAUACCUGACGCCAGAAUAAUUGAAAAUGAAGACAAGUUCAUAUACUACUGGAGGUAGAUUUUUGUGGAUAGGAAAUAUGGAGACAAAAGAAGGCGAAGGAAUUAGACAAGUACGCUCCACUUCGCUUUUAACCAAAGAGGCACUUUCCAGAGUAAGACGUGAUCCCACACGACAUUAUCAUCGAGGUAGUCCUUGGAGAAAGACUAGGAAAAAUCAAAGCUGAGCAGAAUGUAGAAAAGUAUCCUACAGCCUACAUUUGAUAUUGCCAGAAAUUUAAAGUUCAUAGGUUCCUCGAGUACGUCUCCUGAAGCAGAUAUUUGAAGCAGAGAUUAGGAGACAGUAGAUUAGGCCCCUAAGGCAAAUUCUUCCCAAACAAAUAUCCCAGUCGCCCACCUACACCACCUUUAUUUUAUGAGGUUAAUUGGACAGCCCCGAAAUAUAAUUUUACAUAUAAAGCCCAGUUGUAAGACACGAUAGUCCUCCUCAGUGCAGCCAAUUUAUUACACGUUGUAAUUUAUAGCUUGCAUUCCUUUGUCUAAAAGGAAGGCCAAAGUAAUAAAUCAGGGCGAUUUUUUUGUGUUCGACAACUUUAAUUAAAAAAAAAAAUCUUGCCAACAAAUCUGUUAACGCGUAAACCAGCCUUUUUACUUUUUAUAGAUCACAUCUGAGGUAAACAGUACUAUGGGGCACUGUUUUUUUUGUCAUAGAGACCUCGGACAGAACGCAGUUUUUCACAAUUUUGCAAGGCAAAUUGCACUCUCUCAAUAUUCAGGACGAUCGAAGCACGCGCUUCCUUUGCACAACAAAUUAUAGAAUUGACCUUAUUUUAAAUCGUUUUCAUGGAGACAAUUCCAUAAUGUCGGGACUGUUCAGUCAUAAAAAUCUGAUCCUAUGUGGUAUAAAUUAUAGGGUAAUAAUGCUUAAAAGCAUGUAAGCUUAACACCUUGCAGAUUUAAGGUCAUGUUUUAACCCGGCUUCCCGGUGUUUGUUAUUUUUCAAGAUGAACUCGAGGCAAGAAAAUCGCUCAAAGCUUUCUUUUUACAGCGAAAAUUAUAACUAAAUAUUCUUCGGAACGUUUUCUUUCUAUUUGCGGUAAGAAAAAUGUCUAAAGGUCUUUUAAAGUUCCGUAAGCUUAUAUUAAACCUGAUACUAAGUCAGAUCAAACGUGUAUAAACUAGCCGUAUAAACUACGCUCGACUUGAUGAAACCAGAAAAAAAAAACAUCAAAUUCAAUAAUUGCUCCGGCUUACCAGUCGAGAUGCAGCUCCUGAAAACCACCAAGUAAGGCCAGAAUCCCUUGAGACUUUUUAACCCUCUUACGCAUCAGGCAAGGUGAAAAACGAAAACGAUACCACCUGAAAUCGGAUUUCCGAUGACUUGGACAAGGUGCGCAUUUCUCAACCAAAAACCUAAUAAACAAACCAGCCAUGAAUAACAGAAGAAUCUUGAAAGCAGCUGUAUUUCAUUUUGUACAGCCAGUGAAGAAAGGCAUUUAAAAACAUCACAAGAUGACACAAAAGUCUUUCAGCUUCAGCUAUCAGUAAACAUGUUUCCAGAUGCUUUAUAAAUUUUUCCGCAGGAACUCAACUCUCAAAUUUUGAUCAAUCAGAGCCCAUACAUUUGACGUAAAGCGUGUCCAACGCGUGACCAUGGUGUAAAAAGCAUUUGCCUUUCCUGGCUGUAAUACCUGUCUGAAUUUUCGCGUCCGAGAUCAAUUUGAAAUCAAAAUUUUAAAGGUGCAGGUCAUUAACACAAUUUAUCUCCUCGAGCUCUGCAUUUAAAAAAAUUGAACUUGAGCCUGAGAUCAUUUGAAAACUGGUAACUUGUCAGGGGGUAACUUCAAAAAAAUACUCGACCUGGGAUGGGUCAAUACCCGAGCCCGCGAUACGGUCAGGUGAUACUGGUCGUCGAAUACCUUGUUUUGACAGUUUUCAAUUGAUAUGGAUGUGCAAUAUAAGGUUGCAGCUGGGCUUCCAAACUAGUAAAAAAGUGUGAGAUUAAACAUUGGUUUCCCUGUGAUGCGGACGGACGUUCGGUCGAUGUACGGUCACGUGAUUACCAAAUAUUCUCGGAUGGGCAGCUUUUCUUAGCUAUUUGACUCCGCCCGUGCGCGCUUCGCUAUCGCGUGGAGCUCCGCUAUGACACUAACUAAGUUGUGUAUUCUAAGCCAUCAGUUCUAAGAAAACAUGCAACUUUUAUCGCACAGUUACUCCGCCAGUAGAGUGUACUCAUCAAGGCUACACCAAUCUUAGUGAACCCAAUAGGUACUGGAGCUCUAAUGAUGGGGGCUCGUACUGUGAUGAUAGCAUUGGCAAUGACCAGUGGUACCGCUUUGCGGGAGCAGCUGGAGUAAUGAUGUCUUCCCACUGCAUUCCUAUGUCUGCCUGCAACACGGGAAUGGCUGGCUGGCUCGAUGGCGAACACCCCGCAGAACCUUACCUUUUGGUAUCAAGAACAGUAUGUAUGCACUCUGGCUCAAGCUGCUGUCAUCUUAAAAUAUCAGUUAAGAUACGUAAUUGCGAUGGAUUUUACGUUUACCAGCUUCCGGCUCUCGCUUCUUGUAAUGCUCGUUACUGCGGUGUCAAUGGUAAGAAUUGUCCUGAAACGGUGUCCUAUUUACAGAUUUCAACCUUGCUCUCUGAAUUGUCGCUUACCUUAUUUAGUAUUCACCAAAUAAGUGGAUAGCAAUUUUCGUGCGUUCUGUUUUGGAACGGGAUUCAAAAUGGUUUGUCUUGUCGCGACAGUUUCGAAAGAUAAAAUUUUAGAGGUAAAUGAAGCAGCUGCACCUUCAAGUUCCAAGAAAGAGACAAAAUUUGGCUUAUCGGUGUUUACUGGUCGGUAGAAAAACGUUUUCUUCCUUUUCUUCCUAAAAAAUGAUCCCCAUAACACUGUCAACUGAAACGUAAACAAAGUCUAACUAAGUGACGUCUUUUAUUUACAAAAAGCUCCUUUUUGACUUUAUCCAACUUAUUUGGUAAAUACUUAAACAACUAUCCCCCUCAGGGUCGAUCGGUUCAUAGCGCUAGAUAUAUACCUCGACGAUUCGCGUCUCUAUAUAUAUACUACCACUAUACACCUGCCCUUCGGGGGAUAAUUGUAUAAUAUCCACGCUUUCACUUUGCUGUUUUUAAAAUCCCAGUCUAUCUGACAUAGAACUGGGCAAGAGAGGAUAACAGGAGAGGGAGGGAAACGCCCAGUUUAGCCUUUGGGAUAAGUGACUGUUAUAUUAUUAGGAGAGCAUUUCCGGAAACACUACAUCGUAUAAAUAUGAAACUAUCAGCCCCAUGUACUAUAAUUCAUUACACGCUUCUCGGUAAAUUUUCUUUCCUCAACGAAAAUGCGUCUGCAAACUAGAUUGGAUAUCCUAAAUACAAAAGGCAAAGAUUCACGAGACCAUUUACAAUUAUUUAUUUUAUUUAUAGUCCUAAUGGCUCUAGUGUUACCCGUGUUUCUUAGCUUUUAUUUCUUUGGGUUACUUGUUGCCUUGGAAGGUUUUAGGCAAUUGGGAGAAUUUUUGUUAUUGUAGGGACCCCUUUUACAUUUUAAGCAAUCUCGCCAGUGACUAAGGAAGUUCUUGUCACCUAGAGUGGAUACUUAAUAUCAAGACCAAUUUAUAUUCUUAAACUUUACAUUCCCAGCUAACGCCCAGUUUCCCUCUUUGUCCCAUCAACCACUCUUCCGGCUGGGUUAAAGUAAAAAUUCAGCAAGGAGGUUCCACUAAUUUAGCCUCGUGUGUCUUCUCGGUUAUGGAUUAAAAUUUGACCAGAAUACAACGAAUACAUGUAUACAUAGUAUAAACGAAUUAAUUGCUAAUUUAAGAUAAUUUGUGUGUAAAUAUGUGUGGCUCUUGCAGAUGUGAACGAUGCCUGUUCGGCUAAGCCUGGUUCCAGCACUUGUAUCUGUGAUCCGGGUUAUGCUGGAGUGCCUUGCAGUGGUUAGUGAUAAGUAGCAAUCUCUUAAAUCAAAAAUUACAAUCAUUUCUUUUAUGUAAUAAUCUGAACACUUUUGUGUGUUUUGUCAUGAACAAAAAUGACUGCAAUAUCAGCUCUCUUCUCAUUUUCCGUGAAGCUUUCAACACAGUUACACAAUCUAGACCUUCUGUAAGCUUCUGGUUGCAACAAUUUAUGUGAAAGAAAUAAACGUUUUUCCAAAAAAGGAAAAAAGCUAGUUUGUAGAACACGUCAACUUCAACUCCCACGUGACAGGGAUCCGAUGAAGUGUCUAUGAAAUGGAUCAGUACUUUAGGGUACUGCGGUAUAUGUUCAAUUUUAAAGGUUUUUAUACUGGCGCUACAAUUUAAAAUUGUCUAAAUUUCAUUUAAAUAAGGAAGUCGUUUUCCUUUUUUCCUCACAGAUGUCGAUGAAUGCCAAUCUGGAUCACAUAACUGCAGUAUUAACGCUCAAUGCAACAACACUAUUGGGGCAUUUACCUGCACUUGCAAUCAAGGAUACUCAGGAAAUGGGGUGGAUUGCCAAGGUGAGGCUAGCCUAAGGAAAUAAAAAAUGAAGUGACGUUUUUGUUAAACUUUACCAAUUGGUUGUUUAUGUUGUAGAAACUAAAAUUAUAAAUUAAAUUGGGGUUCCCAUACUCGUUUAGGAGUAGGAGCAUCUUGUAUAUGCGCAAUGAUUUUUCUUUAGAGAAGUAACAUGAUUACAUUAACGAGUACUUGCUUUGAACACGUAUCCGACGAUUCUUUCUUUUGGGCAUUGGGAAUAAAAAAAAAUAAGAUUUAAUUCUCUGGGAAGACAUGACGCAAGGCAAAAGACGCCAUGUUUUAAUGAGCGCGCUAAUUACUCAUGAAAUUAUGCGCAGUAAGGAUGCGCAAUGCAACACUAAGAAAUAACCUUGAGGCAAAGAACCAGAUCUAUCAUUCUUAAUACACUGUUCUUCUGAAUUUGAAAUUGUCUUCCUUAGACAUCGACGAAUGUGCGACAUUUACCCACACUUGCCAUGACAAUGCUACUUGUACUAACACUGCUGGCUCAUUCACUUGUGCUUGUAACCUCGGCUUUAGUGGAGAUGGACAUUUAUGUACAGGUAUCGCUCCUCAGUUCUUCGUUUUGAGAUUUAUCCAGUAGAAUAGUUAUGGAAAUUUCUACGGCUCUAUUGUUUCCUAUUACUUGCUGUGCGAGAGUUUAUUGGUUAGGUUUUUUUAGUUGCCUCGCCCAGCGUAGCUCGGGUAGGAGAGUGACCCUUCUACCUGGGGUAACCUUACUCAAUAUAAACGGAUCUUAAGUGAUUUUUCAUUGCCCGACUAACUAGAUGCAUGGACUGUCCAAAACGUAUUACUAACAAAAAAAGAAUAUUGACAGAAAACCAAAGAAGUUCUUCCUUUUUUGCUACUUAUAGACAUUGAAGAAUGUUUCACAAAUGAAGACAAUUGCAAUUUCCAUGCCACUUGCAACAACACGAUUGGGUCUUUUUUCUGUACAUGCAAUAGAGGCUACACAGGUGAUGGAGUUAACUGUUCAGGUAAGAAUAAAUUUUCUUGUUUCGUCAAGCCCAGUUUAAACGUACGACUUCGUAAGCAUCAGCUGACAGUCAGGUUGUGGUGGAGACAGGUUGUGAAAGCCGGCAAACAUAAAAAAUGAAAACAAAGGUGCCGCAGGUUUUUCUGGGAGCUCCCUGACAGUGCACAAUUUAUGAUUGAAAAAAUUGAUACAUUACUAUCGAUUAGUAAAUUCUUUCGCGUGUAAAAUGCCAUCGCACGGUGAAAAUCAGAGAACAUAUAACACAGAUGUCUGACGUGCUUCAUAGCAGUUGCACUUCAUAUAUAAGAAAAUCUGUUUUUUCCUCUCAGGCUGAUAGCGCUUCACUCAUUACAUUUCGACUAUUGUCCAACCAAUAUAUAUUCUGCGUUAGAGAGAUCACUAUUUUUUGCCAUUUUCAGGUACUAUUUGAUGUCUUAAGCUAAAUCGCAUUCAAAUUCACAGAUAUAGAUGAAUGUACCGCAGGAACUCACAAUUGUCAUGGCGUUGCUCAUUGUUACAAUACUGAUGGUUCCUUCACAUGUAGCUGUCGGACUGGUUACACUGGGGAUGGUCUGACGUGCGAUCCGGAAGGUGUGUUUUCCUCAGCAGUCCCCCCUUUUUUAUGCAUAGCGAUAUACAUAUAUACCUUUACGAGAUGUAGUAUUAUGUCGAUGGGUUUGCAAUGAUGGUACUUCAUUCUGUGAUGACCAUUUUGCGGUUUUUAACAGGUGACUUCUUUGUGUCCAUAAGAAAUAUUUCUAAAGACAAGUAUCACGCCACCCCUAUUAAGAGAGCCGCCAAAAGCGUUCAGGAAGCCCUAAUUCAAGGUUUACCAGAUGGUGUUUCUAUUGUGGAAAGCGUACUGCAAUGGCGACUGGUAAGUGAAGCAGAGCUGGCAGCUUCAGAGUCUGCAGAAGGGUCUAUAGUAAGUCAAGGAACCGCUGAGUGGAUCAUAAACAGAAGAUCCAUAACCUCGGGUAUCUAUCAAAUUAAAUUCACUGCAUCAGUCAAGAUUGGUGAUCCAGCCGCUCCGCAGACUCUCCAAGCGUUUGAUUAUGGUUUCAUUGAAAGCAUCCCUGGUCCAGUACUUGCAAUAAUUGACGGUGGGAGCAGUGUUCGAUGGGGGUCUCCAGAAAUUGUUACUGUUGAUGGUUCACUCAGUUAUGAUGGAGACAUUGGUCCUGGAACCCACACUGGCCUUAAUUUCACUUGGUCUUGUUUAUGGAACAAUUCAAGCAGUUUUAAUUGCUUCGGUGCAUUUGUGAACGAAAACGACAAUGCUACGGCCAUAACUAUCAAUACAGAUAACCUCGAAGUUGGAAAUGCUUAUGUUGUAAGGUUGACUGUUUCCAAAGAUACAAGAAGUGCUUUUGCUGAAAUGAACUUUGAAAUAGCUGCUGGGGAAGUACCGCAAGUGGUGCUGAGGUAAGAAUUAUCAGUAUGGAACAUUUUAAGGAUGUGAGUAUAAUUUUUAAGCUUAUUGCCUUAAUUUUCAUUAUUAUUCAUUCAAAAUAUUUCCCGAUUCUGAUUGGCUAAAAGCACACGUUUAAUUCACCAUAACCAGUUACUGAUGAAAAAAAUAGCUAAAAACAGGGCAAGAACAGCAAGAAGACAACUCGAAGGGCGACAUCCGCUGUUUGGAGAAUAUUUGCGGAGCUGCACAAACCUAAACGUGCACUAUCGGAAGAUGAACUUAACGGUAAGCAUGCGGUAAGCAUGCGAUAAGCAUGUUUUAGCCAUGUUUUUAAACUAGGAAUUAUUUUGAAUGAAUAAUAAAACAAUUAUUGAAUUCGGCUUUCGUAUCAUAUGAAGAAUCAUGGAGAUCUCGGAGGGUGUUAUCCGCCUCGGCCUACGGCCUCGACGGAUAACACCCUCCUCGAUCUCCAUAAUUCUUCAUAAAGAUACUCAGCCUCAUUCAUUAAUUGUUAAUUAUCUCACAAUAUAAAAUAAGGUCAGCUUUUGAAUUAAUCAAAAGGAUGAGUUAAAUCAUGUCAGUACCAGUUUCAUCUAAGGUAUCUGGACAGAAAUUUUAUCAAGAUGGCUACUAUUAGCACUUUUCAUUGCUGAAAUUAUUGAAAACAGCUUUCCCCUUGAUUUGCAACAUCUUAUUAAAAAGGAUACUCUCUUUGUUAUCUAAACAAGUCAUUAACCCGGUAUUAAAGUUUAGUAAGACUUUGUUUGAAUUUCUGAUAUAUGCAAAGUUGCCUUAAAUAUAAAUAGAUUAAGUGCCAGAGAGCGGUAUUAACAAAUAGAGGCGAACUGAAGUAUCAAGGUAUUUUGUUUUUCUGUCGACUUCUAGAUGCUUUAUUGAUUGCGGUAAGGUAAUAUCCGCUUCAAACAAGUUCCGCGUGACUUCCGAAUGUCCCAAUGCAGCCUGCAAUGGCUCAGUUUACGAGUGGCGUCUAAAGCAAAGAAAGGAAGAGGCAGAUCCGUGGGAGAAUAUACCUAUUUUGCCCAAUAUGACAUCCACUGCGGUAGAUGCCCCUAACAUGAUUAUCAAGAAAAAUUCUUUGCCCUCUGGUUUCUACUUCAGUUUACAACUCCUCGUAACAUCUCAAGCAGGUUCAGAAGGGUUUGGCGUUCUCGAGUUCGAGACCGCCGGAGUUCCACACGGUGGGUUUUGCGAGGCGUCAGCCAACGAGGGUGUGGCGCUUGAGACGGAGUUUACGUUUGAGUGCUUUGAAUGGGAAGACAAAAAUGCUCCGAUAACUUACGAAUUCCGUGUCGGAAAGGACAUAAUAUCUUAUGGAAGCUCUCCAAAAUCGGCCACAACAGUGUUACCCGCCGGACAGCCAGAAAACGAUUUUCGGCUACCAAUAAGCAUCAUUAUAAAGAACUCUGUCGGCGUAAAGGUUGUGGAGACUAUGUCUGUUAAGGUAAACUCAUAAAAACGAUAGCCGCUAGAGUUUGUGUGUAUUGUACAAGAGAGAAAUGUAGAAAGAAUCCUAAGUUACUGUAAUCAUCCUAACCAGAAUACCAUGGUUUUAUACGCGGAUUAUUGUGGUUCGUUAUCAAGUUGUAGGUGGUUUCAUGCUCACCUUAUAUGUUUCCCAUAAGAUAAAUUCAUAUGUACUAUUGAUGACAAACUACUGCCUAAUUUUGGUGCGAGAUGACAGCGUUAAUUUAUGAUUUCACUGUGAAAGUACAAAAUUGUUAUUUCAACCUUCCGGAAACCUAGACAAGCGUAACUGAGCAAUCACAAACAGCAAGAGAAUUUUUUUAACGGGUUUUUGUCUAACACUUAAGGAAAUGACGAGAAAUUUAUACAAAAUGUAUGAUCUAUAAUUUUUAAUGCUAGGAGUUCUCGAUACGAUAAACAAGUCAAAACCUACGAUUGUGAGCGAUAUUGUCAUCAAUGAUAUUAAUAGAUUAUCAUUUUAAAUGCUCAUAAAAUUCGGAAAUGAUUUUCUGAGCUUUUAACUUAUAGAAUUUUGAGUAAAAGCGCAUAAAAUCAUUUCCUAAUUUUACUAAGCAACAUUUUAUUACACAUACUAAAACCAUAGCACAUUCCUUUCGAGGUUAAUGAUAUGAUUAUCUUUUUACAUUACGAGAAGUCUUCUCUUUCCUUGAAAAGGUCAAGGGAUCCUCCAAGUUUGACCCAUGUUUCACUCCAGCUAGUGAAUUGGAAGAGCAGUUAAAACGCUUUGUAGUCGGGGACGACAAUAAGUUGGACGGAUUUCUAAACAAAGGUGAAGUCAGCCAGGCCGCACAGCUGGCGCUGUCUGUGCUGAAAGCUGCCAACGCAAAACCACUUUGUGGACAAGGAUUGAGUUCGCUUACAAAGAUACUUGUACGUACGUUUUACUUCAUAAGGGUAACUCAUGGUUGAACUAGGUAGCCAUUCCUUUUGUUUUCGAAUCAUACACUUUCAGUAAGACUACAGAAUGCACUUUAAUGAACUUCAAUGCUAAUUUUGUGUUAUACUGUAUUGACUUUUUGCUAUACAUGCCAUCCAUUCGGUUUUUAGGAGGCAAAAGCAAAUGUGGUGAAUAAGGCAAUAAUGCCGGACUUGAAAAUUUACAAUCUUUUUACGGGCAAAAAUGUGUUUAUCUAGACGUGUCUACAAAGACACCAUUUAUCUUUUCAGAAUUCAGUCGUAAAUUGAACCCCUUUUGAAUGUCAGUAGAUGUUGCAAGGCGUGAUAUUUUUGGUGCAGGUUCAAAGUGUUUGUGCUCCCUAACCAAAAUACGAGGUAAAAUCAAAGCCACCGCACUUGGUGUUUCCUCAAUGAGACGAGUUUUAGUUGCCAAGAUACUUUUGAUAAAGGUGUAUUAUUAUAUGCGAAGAGUUUAGCAUGAAGGUAUGAGGCAUGAAGCAACAGACAUUAUAGGAAUAAGUCGUUGGGAUGAGCUUUUAUUUGACGGUUUUGGCUAUAUCCUUUAAUGCUAAUAUUACAUUGAUCUACUCAGAUCUCAACCAUAAUAACGGAGAAGUUCUCAGCGAUAAAACCUGAGAGUAUCAAGAUGACUGAUGUGAUUAUGGGUGUCAUCAACGAGGCAACCGGAGGAGGAGGAGGAGAUGGGGCGAACGCUGUGGUAUCAAAAUCUUCUGUUUAAUGCUUGUCUAAUUAUCGUAUCUCUUACAUCGUUCCAUCAUUAUCCAUUAACCAACCCAUCGUCAUCCCUGACCCUAUUUCUUUUGUCAUAGCAGCUAGUAAUUCACAUAGAGAGCAGCCUUUUUAAUGAUGUGAGCUCCUUGUUGUUUUCUACCCCAGUACGUCCCUUGCUCGCCCUUGAGAAGCAGUAAAGGGGCUAUAACAACGACUAUAUUAAGUUUUUCAAAAUAACUAUACUGGCGUCUUCAAGUGUAAGAUGUCACUAGUAAAAUUUAAGAUCAAGUAUUCCCUUCCAAAUGCUGUUGAAUGGUAGAUAAUUGGGUCUUUCAUCCAUUCUUUGCAAUUGAUUGGCUGAUUGUUGGUUGCUUUAUUGUUUCUUCAUUGUCUUGACAUGCUAAAGUGAUUCCUAUUCUGUUCUUAUGCACAUUCUUCGGACAUUUUCUUAUAUUAAAGUUGAUAAAUAACUUUCUCUCUCUCGAUGAUUCUUUCCUUCCUUCCUUCCUUCCGAGUGAAUAAGUGAAAUCGUGAGGCAAAUAAUAAUAAUAAUAAUAAUAAUAAUAAUAAUAAUAAUAACAUAAUAAUAUUAUUACUUGCUUUUAUCUAAGGGGUUAUGGGUUGAGAGCAUUAACUAAUAAUAAUUUUAUUGAAGUUUAAAAAAAUAUGUUCAUAAUUUACAGAAAUAUUUGAAGUAAGAAUUAAGCACUAUAUAGCAUUAAGAAUUAUAUAAAUCUUAAAAAUAGCAAUCACUGUGUCAACAACGAUUUCGCAAAUACAUUCCUUGCGGUUCAGAUUCGGUCAAACUCAUAUUAAAUUAAGUAAUUACAAAAGAGAAUUAUCCGUCUCUGAUAUUAAAAAGAAAACAAGUUAAAAAGAAUAAAAUCUCGCAUUCCUAAAUUCCUAAUUCUUUAUUAAAAAAGAUCCUUGAAAAGAUUAAUUCGGGCGAUCUGUAGGUCUGAGUAAACAAAGUGUAGCUGUCUUCUUCUGGAUCUUGAGCCUGUCAAGCAUAGUGUCGCAGAGCGUACGAUGGCGAAAGAUACUUUAGCUCUUAUCCAGGAAAUUGCGUGUGAUUAACUUUCUCCCUUCUUAUUUGCGAUCAGCUCCGCAAGUCUGCUGUGGUACUUAACACACUCAUCCGCCUUUCCACCUGUGGUCGUGAAAACUAGGGGAGUGAAGGUUUCCUGUUCGAACUCCCUUACUCUUUCCGCAUACUGUCUCUUCUUCUCGUUCUCAUGCUUCUUGUAGAUCUGCUUAGGAGUCAAGUCCCUGUAAGAGUCUGCAUUAGGGUGACACACCCGAACGUCCAAGAAUGUAGAUCUCUGCCUCUCCCAAAAAAUAAUAAUAAUAGUAAUGAAAUUAAUAAUAAUAAUAAAAUCGGUCGCUAACUGCAAAGAUGAAGGUACCAGCCUUCUCAAAUUACAGCUUUAAGUCAAAAACGACCCACGCGAGUGACAAGCUAACCUUAGAAACCACCUACAGAUGGUAGGAAAACAUAUUCCCGCACGAGGAUAUACUUUAUCAAUUUUAUGUCAUUGUUUUCAGGACAUGGCACUAAAAAUGUCCGAUACUGCAACAACAGCACUUGCCGAUACCUUGGGCGACCCGGAGGAGCCUUUCACUCCUGAAUUAGAGGAAACAGCUACAGGUGUCGCAGGUUGUUUAAGGAACGUAAUGAAAGGUGCAAGUCAAGGAGCUGGAUCAAGUUCAUCUUCAAAGGUAGGUUUAAAUUAAUAAGGUUAUGUGUGCGACGUGUUUAUGGAGUCUCUAGAGCACAUUUCCUUUAAAGGAGGACUCUGGUGAAAAGCAUUGUUCUUCGUUUAUAUGGUUUCGUUUAUUUAUUAUUUAAAAUAAUUAGUAGACAAAUACCACAUAGGCCACCACCAUAACAACCUCUGAUCUCAUUAGUGGACUAACUGGUUUAUGUGUAUACCUUUUCUGCCCUAAUCUAUUUCCUUCCCAAUUCAACAUCAUUUCCCCCAAAGAACAUCCAGACUGCCCCCUUACAGGCUUUUACCUGACACGAAUAUGACCUUUCUCUCAAAUGGGAUUACCAAACAUUAGCAGUCAAUGAGUGCACUUCAAUAUGCAAGCGAUCAUUAUUAAAUCGAGAGAAGUAUUUAUACUCUUUUAUUUUCAGAAUAGCGUUGAAAAGGCUUCUCAAAACCUGCAAAACAUGAGUGAUGCCUUUUUUGACCGCUUAGUACGGUCCGAAAAUCUUGUUAUUAAAACAGAUGAUCUCGCGUUGGCUCUAAAGAAGGUCUCACCUGACGAUAUCAAGGGUUUGAGCAUGGAAGAAGGACCAACGAAAUUCGAGUUGCCAGGAAAUCUUGGAAAUAUGGGUAGUGGUGACAUUAAUGCAAAGGUACUAAGGGAACAAGAAACUGUUUUCCUAUAGAGGGGAGAAGUGUGACGUCAAGUUACCAUGGUAGUAAAGUUUCUGGAUCUCGACUGAAUCCUUCUUGACAGAGACAGGUUAUGCAUAGGAAAGUCACAGAUUUCAAUUUUUCUGCUAUAUUUGCGAGACCACUAUUUGUUGAGAUCCAGAAAUUUUGCAACUAUAGCAACGCGAUGUAACAAAAUUCUCUCUAUUGGAAAAAAUACUUGCCCCUUUGCUUCGUCUUUGAUAGGUUCUCUUUUGUGUUUAAUUUAUUGGUCUUUAUACAUGCAGGUUCAUAUGUUGUUCAACAGCUGAAGACAUGAAAAUAAUUCUAAAUCAGACACGACAAACGUUUUUAUCGGUCCAUGACCCCAGUUUACCGUAUUAACAAUCAGGUUUAUCAGGAAGGUGUAAUCGCAAUUGUUUUUUUCUUGUUGUGUUGCUGACGAUAAUUGUCCGGUGAUGAUGGUCGGCAACCAGACGAUUAAUCUAAAUGGAGUACAAACGUUGAGGUCGGCACAAUAAACCAUUUCUUGAUACGCAAAGAAUGUUAACCAUUGAACAUCUUUAUUUUGUCACAAUUGCAGAUGUCAGCUCUUACUUUCAAUCCUUAUAGCUGGAACAACAGCAGCAAGCCGAUUCAAUCGAAUGUUAUUGGCCUUGAGUUACAAAAUGGCAACACGAAGAUCAAUGUGUCAAACCUUGAUGAUGAUAUUGUGAUGGUCAUUCCAAUUAGCAGCCCAGCAGAGCAAAAAACUAAUACUAGUAGUCCAAAUGAACAUUCUUUUCUAAAGUUAGACAAAAUGUCAAUCCGUUCUUAUAAUGCACAACUAGCAGAUGUCCCUGUUUCAAUUAACAUGGCUGUGAUAGAAGAGGGCUUAUUUACAGUUAACCUAUAUGUGAAGUUUGGAUCCAGACCGACAAUAAGUAGCUUUGACCACAACUUUACAGUUACUUUCAAGCCAGUGUGUGGAAACCAGACAAACAAGAACCAAAACCGCACAUCCUGCCUUCCUGACGAGUCCUCCAUAACAGUGGUGCCACCAAACGAAGGUCCUCUUUACGUCGGACUACUUCUUUUGAAUAAAAGCAGCGGUGAAAACUCUAGACAAAGGAGAUCAUGCUUCGGCCACGGUCGACAAAAGCGCUCCUGCGUUGGCGUCAAGGACCCACCACCAAAAGGGGUCACUCAAACAAUCAUUCCGCAGUACGAUUCAUCUACAGAUGUUAACUAUACAAUGACAAUCACCCAGACAAGCUGCUUGUACUGGUCAGAAGAUGAAGACAAAUGGACAUCAGAUGGCUGCAAGGUAACAUAACUAAAUAUAACAACAAAAGGUACAAUAUCCCACUCCCCCCAGGACUUUGUUAGUCUGCUUGUAUCGCAGUGUACACUUAGAACGUCCAGUUAAUGUGGAUGUGAAUUGACUCAAUUCAAAGAAAUUUAAUGAAACUUUUACAAGUGUAAUUUAUAAGUGUAGCCAUUGUUUUAGGGUCUCAAAACUACAGCCAAACUUGUAAAUUACACUUGUAGAAGUUUUAUUAAAUUGACCCUAGGCCGUAGCCCUCCAGAGUCUGACACUAAACAAACUCAGGUAAUAAUCGUCGGUCAUCGGCACGCUUAAGGUGGCUAGACUGGAUUUUUUUCGGGGGAUACCUCUCUUUACCACGUCGGCAUUAACAAAGAUAUCAGGAAAACUAGGUUACCACAAAAAAGAAAAUGUCUGCAGCGUCACGUUUUCAUCAUUUGGAACGCAGAAAUUAAUAGCUAUGUAAUAGUUUAUUUGCAUUUAUGUUUCCUUUCUGCAAUACCUGUUCUUAUUCACCUUAUUUUUAUUGGUACGGAGACUCCUCAACAUGACCGAAAAGUGUUCGAGGGUCCUUUUGAAUGCAAAUUUUUUGCUUAAGUCAGGUAACGUGCAUAUGAAACUUCAACAUAAUGGCAGUCAAUAGUAAUACGGAUGCUCAAUGUAAACACAAAAUCUGGGGGAAAAAUUUGUGACUUUUGAAGCCCCCAUUUUCGAGUUCCUCCGGGCCUCUGUAUCAAAACGAUCGAGGGUAGGUGCUCAGCCUUGUAUAUGGAAAUAGUUUUCAUUCUCAUAGAAAUAAAACUCAUUUCCACAAGAAAGGUUGUGCACUUGGCCUCAUUUUGAAAGUGAGGGUUUUUGGACUUGGAGUAGGACUUGAACUUAGAAGUGGUCUAUUGCCUUCCUUGUUUUCAGUGUCUUUGGAAUCUGGAGGCGCUGUAAAUUAAAGAUUAGUCUCAGUCGGGAUUGUCGAGAUUUUUUUAAAAAAAUUACCAAGCGGUUUUUACACCCAACGAAGGCCAAUCAAGUUCUUUUUUCUCCCAAUUGGCCAAAGCAAUCCCUCUCUUUUUUAAUACACAGAAUCAAACCACUAUGAGAUGAAACUGCAUUUCCAGACCUCAUCAUUUACUUUAGAUAUGUCGAUAGCAUGUAUAUUCACUGUUUUGUGACCCUUAAACUUUGUUUUAAAAUAUUGUCAAAACGCUCUCAUAGAAUCUGUUCAAAAUUUGCCAUAAUCCAGGCAACUAAGGGAUGUACAAGCUCCCUUGAGCGACUUGGAAAAAAAAUUCCUGGUAGCAAGAGAUACAAACGCAAGAACAAAAAAACGUAAUGGCGUCAUUACGUUGCUAUGGCAGGUCUGUCGGGGUCACAUGGCACAGCAUAAUGUACAUGUAAUAGCACAUGCCCCCAUUGUAGAGAGGACACUUAAGCUUCAGCCUUUGCUUCAUUUACAGGUUGCACCUGAGUCAAACACAACUCACCUUGUGUGUCGUUGCAAUCACCUGACGUCCUUUGGUGGGAACUUCAUACAAGCCCCGAAUCCAAUAGACUUUGACAAAGUUUUCACUGAGUUUGCAAACCUUGCUGAGAGUGGCAACAUUUCAGUACUGGUGACCAUCGCUUGUGCCUUUCUUCUUUAUUUUGUUGUUCUCGUUUUUGCAAGGAGAGCAGAUAAAAGAGACGACGACAAGGUAAGCACAAACUGAAACAUCAUUACUUUGUACGAAAAACUUUCCCUUCACCUUCAGCCUAACAGGAUAUCUAUUUGCUCGUAAAUUCUUUAACUAGGCCUUGCCAAGUCAGGUACGCGGUGCACUGCAUUUGAAGUGUUAAUGACAGACAUACAGUAAGGAGCAUUAUUACCGCUUUAGUUGUUGGGAACCCAUUGUUGGGGACCCAUAUUAGUCAUUACGCGAGUUUGCGACAAGCCAAUAAGAUAGAGUGACUCUACUGGCAGAAUUAGGUCAUCGUUGUCUAGCAAUCACCGGCAUUAUCAGUUAAUCUCAAUAGGCUUUUGUAAGUACCUUUCCUGAAUUUAAGAAUCUUGCGUUCAUUUGACAUUGAUCCGUCCUCAGACUCGUUAUAUUGACCUGUAGAACAUGCAGAACAGAAUUCACAUCUGUAUUAGAAGCUAAUUUGAGGCUUUACAUAAAUGGAACCUUUUAUAGCUUUUUGUCUUGCUGAUGGAUUGUGUUACGUUUUGGUUUGCCACAGAUCUGUCCUCCUAAACAUGUCACUAUAUUUGAAGAAGGAACGUAUUAUUACGACAUAGCUAUUAGUACAGGUGUUUGGAAAAACUCAGGGACAACAGCAAACGUUGAAAUAAGCAUUAAAAGCGAAAUAAACGAACAUAGCCACGUUCCACUGCGAAGUAAAGGCGACUCCUGCGAAAUAUUUUCCCGGGGAAGUAUAAAUGGAUUUGUUCUUAUCACUAAAGAAUCACUGGGAAAAUUAACGGAAAUAACGUUAGAACAUGAUAAUACGGGAGACAAUCCAUCUUGGUUUGUAGAAGCAGUAACAAUCAGAGACAGGCAGACAGAGGAAACCUGGAACUUUCCUAUAAAUAGAUGGCUUGCAGUGGAGAAAGAGGACGGUCUUAUAGAAGUUACUGUUAACAACAGAAGCUUUGUUCCUUUUUCAAGUCUGGUUACCUCACGUUUUGGAAGAAAAAUCGCAGACAGUCACUUGUGGAUGUCUGUGUUUGGUAAAGCCUGUAGCAACACUUUUACACGUGUACAGAGAGCUUCAUGCUGCCUGUCUGUUCUCUUCAGCGCAAUGAUUGCCAAUGCAAUGUUUUAUAACAUUGGUGGAGAAUCAGAGGAAGCCAUCCAAGUUGGACCGUUUAAGUUCUCCUUGAGACAGAUCAUUGUUGGAGUACAAAGCGGACUAAUAGUUGCACCUGUCAACAUCUUAAUUGUUUUCAUAUUCAAGAGCAGCAAACCAAGGGGUGAAAAGGGGGAUAAAUAUAAAGAAAUUGACCACGCUCAACAACUGGUUAACAAAGUUAGCGAGACUGGCUGUAUGUUGCCCCACUUCUGUGUAUACUUUGCAUGGUUUCUCUGCUUUACCACGACUCUGGCGGCUGCAGCGUUCACUUUAUUUUACAGCUUAAUGUGGGGGAAAGAAGUUGCCGAGCAGUGGCUGUCUUCCAUUUUGAUUUCAAAUGGUCAAGACAUUUUUGUGGUGCAGCCAACCAAGGUUAUGGUGGCGGUAGUGGUUGUUUCGCUUCUCCUAACUAGAAAGAAAGACCAAGAUUAUGAAUACGAAGAAACAUGUUCGCGAAGUGACAGUGAAUCUCUGAUUGACGAUCCUAAAGAGCGAUUCAAGCGAUCUAGAUUAGAAGCCAUUCGGAAGCGAACUAAAAAAGAAGUCCAAUUAGCAGGCAUAACGAAGGGAAUUGUCAUCCAUUUAAUUUUUGUGUUUUUCUUGGCUGUAGUUUGCUAUGGUAACAAGAACAGUUACCGCUUUAUGAUGUCCAGGACACUGAUGAAUCCAUUUGGAAAGUUUGAACGGGUACGAAUUUGUUUAAAAAAAUGCUACACAGUUUGAUAUCGAUACUCACGCUGACGUCACCUAUUGAUACUAAUGAGCCAACCAGAAUUGAAACGUUUUGGUUCAUGAAACAAGAGAUUCUUUUGUUUCACUCGCUAAACAUUUAAAUAACAAGAACAAUGUUUGUAAACAGUGAUGUCUCCAAGAAAUUGUCCUUUACCUAAAAAAAAUUGUCAAUUGCCUUUCAUGGCUUUGCAGUUGUUGUGGUUUUUUUGUCUUGGCCAGACAAAUCUCCACUGAAUGAUAAGUAAUCUCAGUGGGAUAAAAGAGUCUAAUUUAUGAAAUAUGUCUGAUUUUCCUCAUCCGGUUUUAGACAUCUGAAAUAUAUUGCGGGAGGAUAAGAUCUAGAAACGUCACUGCUUAAAUGCAGUUUGCUUUUCUGCUGACUGUCGGCGAACUUAUUUUAAUUACAACUUGGGCAGCCUUUAACAAUUUAAAGAGCAGUUCGUAUUUAAUAAAACAAAAUAUAUUUCAAUUAUGCAGGUAACUGAUGGGGACAAAUUAAGUGUUUGGUUAGAAAAGGAGUUCCUUCCAAAUAUAUACGGUCAGCCGUGGUACAAUGGACUCAAGGACAAAGAGGACGUGUACCUUGAAAAUAAAGCGUCCCUGCUGAUUGGCAUGCCAUGGAUGCGACAACUUCGGAUACAAAAGGGUAAUUAUUUUCCCUCUUUUUUCCCCUAUAAUAUUUCACAGAUUAUACUUAAACAUCACUCUUAACAACCUGUUUUCCCUACGCAUUCGAUUAGGUGUUACAUUUGUAUAUGGGAUUCGAUCGGCGAUAGGUUAGCUCAACUGGUUGUGUAUCAGAUCCCGGAGCAGUGAUCCUGGGCUCAAUUCCGGGCCUAAUCAACAGUCGGGUUCCUAUAAUAACUGAGUUGAGUCUGCCACCUUUGCCAGGAGGGGAGACAAAUGGCUUUUACUGGAAGUACAAUCAUACGCAGACAUGUUUUCUCCGCGGGCAGCUAAUCCGACUUAAUCCCAUUAAUAUGUCGUGUUCCUCGAAGUGAGAAAAUUUUCUUGUCGUGUAUUAAAUUUCAGUAUACAUUUUGUUAAUCUUCAUUUCGCGUCAGAAUAAAUUAGUUUGCGAGCAAAUGGCCUCUAAAAAAAUCACAAGGUUUGUCCCACUUCAAGUCCCCCUUCUGGAGAUACGCCAGCUUGGGAACUGGAAUACAUUGCCGAAGCAAAGAUCUGGCCUGUUCUCCUCCUCGUCGUUUUUUCUACACGACAUUCGUUUAUAUUUGUAGUGAGAAUGCAGUGCAUAUCGGUGGAUUUUACUUCAUGCGGCUUCGUGCAGCUUUCUACUUAUGAAAGAAGAGUGUCGGAUUUAAUCGCUUUCUUCGCCUUUAAUUUCUUGUCGAAUGCAAGGUAAAAGAAUCGACUUCUCAAAUGUAAGAAUUGAAGUUUUAAAUUUGUUUCUUGGCGAAAAAUAGUGCAUAGAACUCGUGAAACCCGUAAGUAUUACCUUUGUUAAACCUAAUGUCAUGCGUUGACUUCUCGCUUGUUCGAUGGGUAACACGGAUACAAAGAAUAGUUUCUUUGGCAAAGUUAUAUGCUUAUAUGCGUUAUAUGCUUCGUUACUUGGUUUAUUCAGGCUAAGUGCGAGGAAUUAGAUGACAAUGUUUGCAUGCUAUAAUUAUGCUGACAAUGUCUUGCACCUUUGUAUUGAAACUCAUGAAAGCCAAACUUGUUUAACCCUAGCAAAAACCUCUUCUAUUAUGGAGAAACUUUCAACGUCUUUGGGGGCCCGAUAUGGUGUAAAAUUUUUAGGGAAAACAAAGCUUGAUUUUUGACGAAACGGACUGUGGCUUUUAUUCUUUGAAGAGAGCGCAAGCCAAACGCGAGCUUUAAGCCCCGUGAGUACAGUGUAAUCCAGUGAUUCUGUAGGUAGAGCUAACAAACAGAGGCUGUACGUUAGAUGGGGCACCCAUGAGUACAGUGUAACUCAGUGAUUCUGUAGGUAGAGCUAACAAACAUAGUCUGUACUUUAGGUGGCGCACCCAUGAGUACAGUGUAACUCAGUGAUUCUCCAGGUAGAGCUAACAAAAAAUAGGCUGCACUUUAGGUGGCGCACCCAUGAGUGUAGUGCAAUCCAGUGUUCUUUAGGAAGAGCUUACAAACAGACUUUAUAGGUGUACAUCAGAUAGCAAUACUUUGUGAUGCUACAAUAUGCUGGGCACUUCGACUAUUUCUUUUUCGUUAGUUACAUUGUUUUAACGCACACUCUUGAUAGCCAGAGGAAGUCUAUUGUCUUAAACCAUUUAUGCACAUCAGCAGAGGAAAGGUAACCUUAUUUAUACAUAGUAUUUCGUUCAGGUAGUAAAAUAAUAAAAACAAUAAGCACGCUUUACAAGGAGGCCGUGUGAGAAUAUUACACAUCUCUAAAUUAAGUUUUUUUAAAUUUUCCUAUAAAAACAUAAAGGGAUGUCAUUUGCCGCACCUCCACAGCCAAUCUGUUCCACAACACAUUUCCGCUAUGAGAAAGGCUUUUUUCAUAAAAUUCGGCGCGGGGUUUUGGAACGGCAAGCUUGUAUUUAUUCAGGGGCACCCAACGACUGCUUUCUCUGAAAUAUGUGUUCGGAAAAGCAAAGAUUGCCUAGAAUUUUCUAUAGCUUGAGGUAGGCUAAAAAUUUCUAGAUGACCGUUUCAUUCAUGUCUUUUUUUCGAAGCUUGUCUAAUGAAAUCCCUACGACUCUCCCAAGACGGUUUUUUGGUGAUUUCCUUUAUGUUUUCGAUACGGUUUUGGUUUUUUCAUUUUUAUUUUCGCGGCUUAAUUCGCAGCGAGCGAUAAAAAUGUAUUCGUCGAAAGGAAUAAUUUUACUUUGGUCAGCAAUUCCGUUUUUUUUGCGAUAUAAACAGAAUUCAUUUUAGUUGUGACGGCAUUACAGCUUAGUCGUGACAGCUUUGGAAGAAACUAAAUAUAUCCAUCUUGCGCCUCGCGUUUUCGCAAAACGGCGGAUGGAAAGAUAAUAUUUCUUCCAACUAGAGUCUUCAACUUCAUUAUCGAGUCAAAUAGUUUUAAAUUAUCUCGUUUCCCAAAGGGAGUGCUGCUGAGAACCAGUCGGCAGUAAAUAACCACAAGCCUCAUUGUUCUCGCGAAAAUUGAGACGCAAUUAUUACAAGUUGAUGACACGUAUAGUCCAGUAAUCGCAUCUGUAUAGAGAAAAUUAAUUAUCAAAUCCGUGUCAUAAGAAGAGGAUUAUAACGCCUCACUCGGAUACUGCUUGAGGUGCUCCGAAAGUCCCAUACAAUUUACUGUAACAACGUUACAGUAAAUUGUAAGGGACUCUCCCGGAUACUUACAGUUCAGGCGAUUUGUGUCCCCUCAGUUACAUCUUUAAAUUACUUGUCCCUUUUUUCACAGCACCUCUCUGGGCUGAGUCUCAUGAGAAGUCAAAAAACUAUUAGGGACGUGCGAGUCGCUGGCAGUGACUAUUUGUGGUAUUAUAUGUCACAGAUUGUGGGAGUGAAUAGCAAGGGUAGGGCACGUCGCUCGGGACCUAUGGCCGAGCACAGUUCGUGCCUAUCCCCACCAGCCAUUUCGGUGUCCCGUAAGGCUAGUAAAGUAUUUGCAGUGGCUGAAAGCAAAACCUUGUGACAUAAUUUUUUUAACUUUAAGGUUCCUGCAAGUCCCUUCCUCAGUUUAUUUCAGACUGCUACUACGACUACUCCGGCGAAAGAGAGGAUACCACACCGCUGAGUCUUCCAGCCUGGAAACCACUUCCCUACAAUACGUCGUGGCCUAAGGCUCUAACAUUGUGUCCAAAACCUUGGCGUUAUCAAACAGGCGAAGAACUGGACAACAGUCCAAUCAAAGCCAUGUAUAGCACUUACGAAGGAGGUGGCUAUGUUGCUGUUAUGGGAUAUGACGAAGAAACUGCCCAAGGUGUCCUUGGCGAAACCUUCGGGCAUGGAUGGGUUGAUCGCCAAACGCGAGCGGUGAUCUUGGAGUUUGCAGUAUUUAACAUUAACACAAAUCUUCUAAGCAUCGCCACGUACUUUUAUGAAGUUAUCGCCACUGGUGCUGCUUACACUAAUAGAAGGGUUGACACGCUGGAGCUGUACACAACGGAUUCAGGAUCCGUCAUGUUCUACCUCAUUUGCCAAUUUCUUUUCAUGGCCAUGGUACUUUAUUACCUGAUCAUAAUGCUUUUUCACCUUUACAAACAACGACUAGGAUUUUUUAAGUCAGUUUGGAAUAUGGUGGAUUUCUUAAUGAUCAUAUCCUCUGUAGCGUCAGUAGCAUUUUAUAUGAUCAAAGCGAAGGCUAUUCUGCGAAGCAUAAAAGCCAUCCAAGAUAAUCCAUAUGAAAUUAUACACUUUCAUGUGGCAUUAGACUGGGCUAACUGGGAAAAUGCCGCAGUGGCCCUUGCCAUUUUCAUGGUGACAGUUAAGCUAUUGAAUCUGAUUCGUUUUAACCCAUAUGUGAUUUACUUGUUUUCAUCUUUCCGUCAAUCUGUAAGCUACCAACUGUCGUACGUGCUUUUCUUCUUGAUCGUCUUUAACGCGUUUGUUGCAUCAGGGAAGCAGUUUUUUGGCCGCACAAUCUAUGCAUACUCAAGCUAUCUCCAAGCAGUCAUUUCCCAGUUUGAAUUCCUGUUGGGAGCAGCUGUUCCUACUGAUGAGCUUCGAAAUGAUAAGCCAUUUAUUGGGCCUACGUUUACCUUCUUAUACGUGUUAUCAAUGACAAUUAUUCUUAUGAAUAUGUUAGUUUCUGUGCUUAACGAGUCCUACGCUGACGCCAAAACGCGCGCAGAGGAAAGUGCAGAGGAGCUUGAAAUGGCACGCUUUAUUGGGGAACGAUUCGAGGAAGUUCUAAAAGGGAACAAAAAGCGGCCCGAAUUUAAAUUAUAUUUUGAUGACGCAACUUUCAUGAACAUAUGUCAGUCAGAAGCAGAGCCCUUCUGUUUAAAUUCUGAAAGUAUUCUGCAGUGUACAGAGAGCAGAAUGGAAAAAGUUGAAAAGCGACUUGGUGCACUGACUCGACGAGCUGGAAAAAUAGACUCUGAGGCAGAAAGAGAGGAAGCUGAAUUUAUGUUUCUCCUUAAUUCCAUGGGAAACCAUCAUGAAAAUGAUAUACAUAGUAUGUAA